UCUUUGGGUUUCCUUCUCCCAACUUCCGGAAAAGAUCUUUAAUGGUGAGGAAAGGAAGAGAAGGAAGAACAGCAAAUAAUGCCGUUGACGAAGUACUACUGCGACUACUGUGACAAACAAUUUCAAGAUACGCCGUCAGCUAGAAAACGCCAUCUCCAAGGCGUACAACACCAAAGAGCGAAAGCUCUCUGGUACGACCGCUUGAGAGAUCCAAAUCACAAUCAAUUGGAGGGCUUCGGAAAAGGAGUCUGCAACCGUUUCCUGAGGACGGGUUUAUGCCAUUAUGGGGAUUCCUGUAAAUAUUUUCAUCCAAAGAAAAAUAUUCAGAAUCCAAAUAUUCAAGGCAUACCAGCAGCAAACUUCACCGAAAAUGUUCAUUUACCAGCUAUUUUGGGAACUCAACUUACAGGUGGAAGCUCUAUGACAGGGAAUGUGGUUGGAGAUGCAAUGGGAAUUUCAUUUGGUAAUUUACCUCCGUCACUAAGACCACCUCCAGAGGGUGGUUAUCCACCUCUUCCCUUUGUAGACUGGGGAUAGAUCUGCCGUUUUCAUUUCGAACUCAUGUUGGUGGUAUCAGUGUACUUCUCUUUUCCUUCAUCUCUUAAGUGAAUGUAAUGUAGUUAUUAUGUA